AUGCCUACACGCACAGCAGGCAACCAGUCUCCUCAUGCCUCGACGUUAACGAGUGCAGGAGCUGACGACGCCGGUGCCCUUGAACUUGGAGUUCAAAGCACCUGGACCCAUGAUGACAAUGAAGUCUCUGGAGUAGAUAGGAGUGAAAGCAUAAAUGACAAGCCUCCCACUAGCCAACAGAGCGACCUCAGUGUUGCCUGGCCAUGGCUACCCAGUACCCCGUUAACCAGUAACGAGGGGAACAAACAAAAUUUGCCACUUAAAGCAGUUGAUGACGAGAACUUGACUAUCAUGAGUCUGAGUCCCUUACUCAACAGCCUAGGUGAGCGCGACCUCUCUCCCAUUAGAUAUCAUGUUGUAUCACCAGAUGAGAACGUAUAUCAUUCUGCACUGUUCGUGCCCGAACCAGAAUACUCAGAACAAUUUCCCAAACUAAUGAGUGUCUUUGAUUGGUCGGACAUGCCUGACAAUGGAGAUAUCGGAGAUGUACCUGAAUUCCCCAUACUAGACCCUAUUAAGAAAUCUCCGACAGCUGGAUCCUCCCCGAGAAUUCCCACUGAAGCAAAAGGGAAAUUAGUAGACCCCCUUGAAAGGAAUGGACUAGAUCCUCAGAAUGCCCAUCACGACUGGUUGGACCAAUGGACGGAAUUCGAUGAAGGCAUGGCUGACCUUGGCCGCCCAGGGACGGACGACCCAGACAAGUCCCUAAGAUACAUAUGGAAUGACGAUAACCGUUGCUUAUCGAUCCAAAUGCAAAACAUAUACCUGAGAAGAUAUUGUGAUCAAGUAAAAACUAGACUCACUGAACAGACUGAACUUAUGAAUGAACUUCAGGAUAGAGUCCAAGAGCUCUAG